CUUGUUAUUAAAAGAAUACAAUAUCAUACUAUUCAUAAAGGCUGAAGCUUUUGUAGCAUGACAUUUUCUUAACUCCUAAUGGUUUUGAAGCAGAAAAAUGGCAAAACUUUCACCUUUUGUUUUGGUGAUGCUUGUGAUGUGUUGUUAUUGGACUACUGUGACUGCAGAAGAAACCCCGAAAUACAAAGAUCCGAAACAGCCUAUAAAUGUUCGAAUAAGGGACUUGAUGAAACGAAUGACAAUGGAGGAGAAGAUUGGUCAGAUGACACAAAUUGACCGAUCUGCAGCUUCGGCUGAUGUAAUGCAGAAGUACUUCAUAGGGAGUCUAUUGAGUGGUGGAGGGAGUGUUCCGGCUAAGGAGGCUUCCCCGGAAACAUGGAUUAAUAUGGUAAAUGAAUUCCAAAGAGGGUCGUUGGCUACCCGUUUAGGCAUACCGAUGAUUUAUGGGAUUGAUGCCGUUCAUGGCAACAAUAAUGUCUAUAAAGCCACCAUCUUUCCACACAAUGUUGGCCUUGGAGUAACAAGGGACCCGGCACUGAUCAAGAAAAUCGGAGCUGCAACUGCUCUUGAAGUGCGAGCAACAGGGAUUAACUAUGCCUUUGCACCUUGUAUCGCGGUUUGUAGAGACCCACGAUGGGGUCGUUGCUUUGAAAGUUAUAGUGAAGAUCCUUCCAUUGUUCGUGAAAUGACUGAGCUUAUACCUGGACUACAAGGAGAUAUUCCUGAUGGUCGAAAAGGAGUACCUUUUGUUGGCGGAAGAGAAAAAGUCGUGGCGUGUGCCAAGCACUUUGUUGGCGAUGGUGGCACAACAAAAGGCAUUAAUGAGAACAACACUGUGAUUAACCAGCAUGGAUUAAUGAGUAUUCAUAUGCCAGCGUACUAUGAUUCGGUGCGCAAAGGGGUUGCAAGCAUUAUGAUCUCAUACUCGAGCUGGAAUGGAGCAAAAAUGCAUGGAAAUCAUCAACUCAUCACCAACUUCCUAAAGAACACCAUGAAAUUUAGAGGAUUCGUGAUCUCAGACUGGGAAGGUAUCGAUAGAAUUACAGAUCCGCCUCAUGCUAAUUACACCUAUUCUAUCUUAAAGAGUAUUGAAGCUGGUUUAGACAUGGUCAUGGUACCGAUUAAUUAUACAGAAUUCAUAGAUGGGCUGAGUUAUUUAGUGAAGAAUAACUUCAUACCCAUGAGUCGAAUUGAUGAUGCCGUUAGGAGGAUUUUGCGUGUAAAAUUUGUAAUGGGUUUGUUUGAAAACCCAUUGGGGGAUCUCACCAUGGCUAAAUAUCUCGGAAUUCAAGAGCACAGGGAACUUGCUCGGGAAGCUGUUAGGAAAUCACUAGUUCUGCUGAAAAACGGUAAAACUGCCAACGAGCCAUUGCUCCCUCUCCCAAAAAAGUCAACCAAAAUACUUGUCUCUGGGACCCAUGCCGAUGACAUUGGUUACCAGUGUGGUGGCUGGACCAUCGAGUGGCAUGGACAAAGCGGAAAUAUCACAAAAGGUACCACAAUUCUCUCCGCUAUAAGAAACACGGUUGACCCCACAACGGAAGUCGUGUUUCAAGAAAACCCGACACCCGAGUUCAUCAAGUCAAAUAAUUUCUCAUACGCCAUCGUUGUGACUGGCGAGCACCCGUAUUCUGAGACACAAGGAGAUAGUCUGAAUUUAACCAUUCCUGAUCCAGGCCCGAGCACCAUCACGAAUGUAUGUGGGGCCGUGAAGUGUGUUGUGGUGCUCAUUUCGGGCAGGCCAGUUGUGAUUGAACCAUAUAUAUCUAGCAUGGAUGCAUUGGUGGCGGCUUGGCUUCCUGGAAGCGAGGGUCAAGGCGUGGCUGAUGUGCUGUAUGGUGAUUAUGGUUUUACGGGUAAGCUUGCACGGACAUGGUUCAAGACAGUUGAUCAGCUACCGAUGAACGUUGGCGAUUCACAUUAUGACCCGUUGUACCCAUUUGGAUUCGGGCUAACAACUGAACCGGGCAUUGAAGAUGAUUUGUCACUAAGCCUUGACGUAAAAGUUAGUACUAGUAUUAAUGCAGCCUACGCAUGAACAAUCUUUCAAGUGUGAAAUGCCAUGCAUUC